GCCUCCCAAGUAGGAACUACAGGUGUCCACCACAAUGCUCGGCUGGGUUUUCUAUUUUUAGGUCUUGAACUCCUGAGGUCAAGCUAUCGACCUGCCUCCGCCUCUCAGAGUGCUGGGAUUACAGGCAUAAGCCACCAUGCCCGGCCCCAGACCAAGUCAUUUCCACCCACAGGGGACUAG